AUGGGAUUUAUACUCUCAAAGUCUAUGAACGAAAGCAUGAAAAAUCAGCAGGAAUUCAUGCUUAUGAACGCCCGACUUCAGCUGGAAAGGCAGCUAGUAAUGCAGAAUGAAAUGAGAGAAAGACAGAUGGCCAUGCAAGUGGCUUGGUCUCGAGAAUUCAUCAAAUAUUUUGGAACCUUUUUUACCAUUGCAGCCAUCUCUUUAACAGCUGGAGCAAUAAAAAAGAAGAAGCCAGCCUUCCUCGCCCCCCUUGUUCCAUUAAGCUUUGUCUUCACCUACCAGUAUGACCUGGGCUAUGGAACCCUUCUACAAAGAAUGAAAGGGGAGGCCGAGAGCAUACUGGACACAGAGAAGAGUAUGCUGCAGCUGCCAGGAGGAGUGAUCACUUUUGAAAGCCUUGAAAAAGCCCGAAGGGAACAGAGUCAAUUUUUCAUCAACAAAUGA